AUGUCGUUUCAAUUCCAGAGCCCAUUUCAACAGGAACAGUUCGACAUAUUCGAAUGGCAUCCCAAGUUCCUGUCCUGUCUGCGGUACUUUAUCGAUCAUGCUCAGUAUAGCCCUGCAGUUCAAACUGUAGCUGCUUGUGUAAACAUUCACCUCCCUUUUCAGAAAGGCAACCCACAUCCUGUAACUCCCACACACAAUGGACCUUCUUCUUCGUCAUCCUCUCGGGCAUCAGGGUCUGGUAGUCUCCAUUCCACUGCCCCCGCAGCCUCUUCAAUCACUCUCAUUCCCUACAUUCGCCGUCUAAUAGUCACCGGAUUCGACACUCCCGCGGUUCUUCACGGCUUUUUUGGCGACGACUGGAUACAAGGCAUUGGACGCAUACAUGAAAGUGAGCGCAGAAACUAUAUGUUUGCCGCCAAGAGUGACAACUGGCUCAGAGUCAAGACUCAAUAUGAUAUGGACGACGGACAAACGGUCCCAUUCCUCAGACCACUGCAAAACGUUACUGAAGACGAGAUACAAGCUGCUGAAUCGAACUGGAGCGAAUGGCUUGCUAUGCAAGAUUGGAUGCUUGGACCCAGGGCUCCGGAUGAUCCUAAUGAUCGUUUCGUCGCAAUCAAGAAGGAACGCGACUGA